GCCCCGCUGAGAGGCUGCUGAAGAUUUGGGAGACGGAGGGGGGUGUUGCGACCUCAUCCCUGGAAGAAUAUGCAUAAAACUAAUACUACACAUGGGGAAACAAAAAAUACAGUAGCACAAAAAAGAAUGAGUAUAAUGACCAAAAGAAAGCAGCCGCUUUAACCUAGAGCUUUGUGAAUGGAAGUGAAAGGCUUUCUGUUAAAUUUAAAUCAGAAGAACGGACUGUAAGAAAUACCAGAUCUGACUUUUUUCCUGGAUGACUGGAGAAUUGGAGUAGGAUAGGAGCAUCGCACUAGGCUGAAAUCGUAGGUGACACUCAGCAUUCUUCCCAUGGAGAAGACACCUGGGAAUGGGAAAGCUGCAACUCAGCAUUCCCCCUAGUGUGGGAAGUGUGUAGUCUUCCAAAGCGUCCUCCAGAAGAACAAGGUUCUCUUUGAAACUACAUCUUAUACAGUCACAGGAAAGACGGGAGUGGUGAAUGCAAACUAGAUAAUGCCCCUCUCCACUCAACCUGAAACUGGUGAUAAUCAGUAUGUUUUAGUCGCCAGUCUCGACAAUGUCAGAAACCUCUCAAAUAUCCUAAAAGCCAUUCAUUUUAAAGACCAUGCAACAUGUUUUGCAACUACAAAUGGAAUCAAGGUUACAGUGGAAAAUGCAAAGUGUCUGCAGGCAAAUGCCUUUAUUCAGGCAGGGAUUUUUCAAGAAUUUAUUAUACAAGAAGAGUCGGUGAUGUUUCGAAUCAAUUUGGCUGUUCUUUUAGACUGCUUGACCAUUUUUGGUACAAAUUCUUUGCCAGGUACUUCAACAGCGCUUCGAAUGUGUUACCAUGGUUAUGGCUACCCCUUGACCCUAUUUCUAGAAGAAGGAGGUGUGGUAACUGUAUGUAAAAUUAACACUGAAGAACCUGAAGAGACACUAGAUUUUGAUUUCUGCAGUACAAAUGUGGUUAAUAAAAUUAUCCUGCAGUCAGAAGGGUUACGAGAAGCAUUUGCUGAAUUAGAUAUGACCAGUGAGGUCCUGCAGAUCACCAUGUCUCCAGACAAGCCUUAUUUCAGAUUAUCCACCUUUGGCAAUGCAGGAAGUGCUCAUCUUGACUAUCCCAAAGACUCUGAUUUGAUGGAAGCAUUUCAUUGCAACCAGACCCAGACAAACAGGUACAAGAUCUCUUUGCUCAAACCAUCUACGAAGGCACUAGCUUUAUCUUGUAAAGUGUCUAUUCGGACAGAUAAUCGGGGAUUCCUUUCACUGCAGUACAUGAUUAGGAAUGAAGAUGGACAAAUCUGUUUUGUGGAGUACUACUGUUGCCCUGAUGAGGACAUUACUGAAUCAGAACUAUAGCUGUAUGAUAUGGACUGUGCAUUUCAUUUAUGGACAUUCAGAAUGAUAAAAUAUUUCAUUAAAAAACUUGAAAGUUACCAGAUUGAUAGCCCAGAAAAUGGACACCCUGUUUAUCAACAGAAAGGAGCAGAACAAGCAGCUACAAUGAAGCUCCCCCCCGUAUUACUUUGCAAAUGUUUCUCACUCUUGACCUGGAUGGACCAUCUGUAAAAGUGAAAAGGUAGCUUAAUCGUUGGCCUCGGUGCUGAGGCUGAGAAGGGUGCUGUGAUGGUGGUGGUUUUGUGAUGUGCACACUUGUCCACAGCAAACUUGGAAUGCUCACCAAACAGCCCCUUGAGUAUUCUGUCACGAUUGUCAGAAUAAUUGCAAACACAAGCAGUGCGGGAAAUCUGAGACAGUAGCAGUAUGUUAAUCCACCAGUUUUUGGCCAUGGUUUGCUCUGAGCAUGGAUGAAGCAAUUACAGGUGGUGAAUGUCUGAAUGCUGGCUUGUGUUAGACAGUGGUUUGUUCAAAUGAUUUAAAAAAAUAAAACUUUUUGUGAGACUACAAGUGGAGAGUGAAAAUUGAAACUGACUUCUCAAUAGCAGUAAAUUGUGAAAUUGCUCAUCCUCAACUAGACUGAAGCCUGCUGUAACUUGAAUUCCCUGGAAUUUCAUCAGGGAUGAUCUUGGCGCAUUUUCCAUAGCCGUGUGCUUGUGUUGUACUCGUAAGUUAGCAUAGAACCCAACAUAAAUCACUUCAGUACUUGGGCAGCGUCAUUUUGAUUUUAACUUCUUUUGAAUUUUUUAAAAAAAUUGACUAAUACAACCCUUGCUAUUGAAAUUUGUUCUUUUAUGUGUUCUCCCCAAACCCAUCCAUUCACCACUGCCUUCCAGAUCAAAAGCACUUAUUUAUUUCAUUUUUAAGGAAAAAGAGCAUUGGAGUAUUUGUUUUGGAGAAGAAAAAAUUCCAAAGAAUUUUAUUGAUUUUUUUUAAUAAAAUGAAACAUUAUAGCUUGUCACAAUUGGGAAGCUAGUUGCCUUUAAUGAUAACAAACCUAUACAUAUGUACCAUAUUAAUAUUUUGCUGCAUUUAGAAAUGCUUUUGUAUUUUUUUAAUAAAAGCAAAGUGAAUGACUUGUUUCCUGGAAAUAAAAUGCUGUGAUAUAAAAUUGA